CUGUGGUUGAGGGGCUGCCAUGGAGUCGGCGGUGGAGGAACUGAUGCCUCGCCUCCUUCCUGUGGGGGACUGCGACCUCACGGAGGAUUUCGACCCCACCGUGCCCCCCAGGACGCCCCAGGAGUAUCUAAAGCGGGUCCAAAUUGAAGCUGCAAGAUGUCCUGAUGUUGUCGUGGCCCAAAUAGAUCCUAAGAAGUUGAAAAAGAAGCAGACUGUGAAUAUUUCACUUUCAGGGUGCCAGCCUGCCCCUGUAGGUUACUCUCCAACACUGAAAUGGCAGCAACAACAAGUGGCUCAGUUUUCAACCAUUCGUCAGAAUGUGAACAAAAAUAGGGAUCAUUGGAAGACACAGCAACUGGAUAGUAAUGUAGCCAUUCCUAGAUCUGAAGAUGAAGAAGCCUGGAAAAAAUUUUGUCUGGGUGAAAAAUUAUAUUUUGAAACAGCAGUUCAAGUAUCCAGUGAUGACAAUGAAGGAAUUGAUUAUGUUCAGAUUGGCUUUCCUCCAUUGCUGAGCAUUGUUAGCAGAAUGAAUCAGGCAACAGUAACUUCUGUCUUGGAAUACCUGACAAACUGGCUUGCAAAUAAGGAAUUUACUCCAGAGCUGGGCAGAUGGCUUUAUGCUUUGCUGGCCUGUCUUGAAAAACCAUUGUUACCAGAAGCUCACUCUCUGAUUCGGCAAUUGGCCAGACAAUGCUCUGAAGUGAGAGCCUUGGAGAAUAAGGACGAUGAAAAAGUGUCCGCUUUGAAUUUGAUCAUUUGUUUAGUUGGCAGAUAUUUUGACCAGCAUGACCUGGCUGAUGAGGCAACCUGAAAAAUCUGGAGAGAGAACACAUAAGCACAAGAUGUUAUGGUUGAUAUCAGCUAACUUCUUUGGAUCUCCAAUGCAAAGAAUGGCAGACACGUCCAACCUUGCAGCAUGAGCUCACUGGAUAAAGCGGGUUAGAAGAUCUGUGGACAUUUUUUAGAGCAAAAGUGGUACUUCAAACUCAGCUUAGAAGAGCUCAGCAGGUGGAAUGCCUACAUGGUUCAUUACGGAUCUAAAGAACACAAUAUUUUAUCUCAUUAAAAUGCAAGAUUGUAUUAAGCUAAUACAUAUGCUGUAUAAGAAUUUUUAUGUUUUCUAAAUAAAGUUUUCAAAAGUU